UUGCUGGAGUGUUUCUGUCGUGGCCCGUCUGUUAUUCUCUCGCUGCCAUACUCAAUAGUUAAUCUUUAAGCCAUUUCGACACACUCAUUGACCAGUCGCGACUUUCGUUUGCUGUCGCCUCGCGACUUCACUGUACACCAACAACAGUAACCACCAACGCACGCGCGGCCCAGAGUAUCACCUUCGCUGGUCUCCAGAGCGCUGCUCCACAACAACAUCUUCUCGACGGUUUCUCUGGUCAGAAACCCUCGCCAACAUCACAAUGAAAGGCUUCGGAAUUGCUGCCGCCGCUGCGGCCCUCUUCGUGUCGUCCGCGUCUGCCGCCAUCGACCCGAUCGUUAUCAAGGGCUCCAAGUUCUUCUACAAGACUAAUGGCACCCAAUUCUUCAUGAAGGGUGUCGCGUACCAGCAGGACGUCAGCACCAACAGCUCUGCCACCGUCGCCGUCAAAUACGUCGACCCGCUCACAGACAACUCGGGCUGCGACCGCGAUAUCCCUAACCUCAUCAAACUCAAUACCAACACUGUCCGUGUCUAUGCCAUCGACCCCACCGGCAGCCAUGACUACUGCAUGGGCAAGUUGGCCGAUGCUGGCAUCUACGUGAUUGCCGACUUGUCCCAGCCGGGCGAGUCUAUCAACCGUGACGACCCCGGAUGGACUGACGAUCUGUACACCCGCUACACCAGCGUUGUCGACGUGAUGCAGAAGUACGACAACGUUCUCGGCUUCUUUGCCGGUAACGAAGUCUCAAACGCCCCCAACAACACCGACGCGAGCGCGUUCGUCAAGGCCGCUGUGCGUGACACAAAGGCCUACAUCAAGCAGAAGGGCUACAGGACAAUUGGCGUGGGCUAUGCUACCAACGACGAUGCUUCCAUCCGUGGGCCUCUCGCCGACUACUUCAACUGCGGGGACGAUGUCGCAGAUGCAAUUGAUUUCUGGGGCUACAACAUCUACUCCUGGUGCGGUGAUUCCAGCUUUCAAGAAUCUGGAUAUAAUGUGCGCACCCAGGAGUUCGAAAACUACACAGUCCCAGUCUUCUUCGCCGAGUACGGCUGCAAUACCCCCUCACCCCGCAAGUUCACCGAGGUGGCAGCCCUUUACGGUAGCCAGAUGACCGGCGUCUGGUCUGGAGGUAUCGUCUACAUGUACUUCCAGGAGGCCAACAACUUCGGCUUAGUCAGUGUCAGUGGAGACACAGCGAAGACGCUCGUCGACUUCAACAACUUAUCCUCCCAAAUCGCCAAGGUCACCCCAAGCGGCGUGACGAUGGCUGAUUACACACCGACCAACACCAAAGUCCGUGACUGCCCUUCUGUCGAGGGAACCACCUGGGCAGCCAAGGCGACCCCUCUCCCACCUGCGGCCAACCCAGCGCUGUGCGGCUGCAUGGUGGACUCACUCACCUGCGUUGUUGACAGUUCAGUGAACGAGGACGAUUACGGUGACCUUUUCGGCGUCGUCUGUGGUCUCGACGGCUCCCCAUGCGCUGGCAUCGCCCACAACGGCACAACUGGUGUCUACGGUGCGUACGGCAUGUGCAAUGCCACUGAGCAGCUCAACUUUGCUCUCAACCAGUAUGCCAACAGCCAGUCCACCGGUGGAUGCGAUUUCAGCGGCUCGGCUUCGACCAAGGCAACCGCGGCCGCUACUGGCAACUGCAAGGCCCUCAUGAGCCAGGCUGGUUCCGCUGGAACUGGAACUGUCACCUCCGCUCCCACUGGUGCUGCCGCAGGUAGCGCCUCUGGUUCCGCCACCAAGACCGGUGCUGCCGGCGCUGUCACCGUUCCCAGCUUCAACGUCGGUCUCAUGCAGCUCGGAAUCUACGUCUUCGGCGCAGCUCUCUCUGGUAUGGCGAUGAUCCUGUUGUAACGUGGUUCUCUCAAGACGCCUUCUUCAUGGGGUAUAGCACACUUGGCGGGCGAUUUCCUUGCUUGUAAUCUGACUACUGCUCUGGGUAGAGGUGUUUUUCGUCUGCGGGGACCUGUACAAAGUCUUUUUUAUGCCCUGCUUCUAAAACAUCUUGACCCUCGACGGCCCAUCACUCCUGGGCACAGCUACUCUAAAUAGCAUUAUGAACUCCUUGGUUAGGCUUGCAAUCACAUC